AUUUCCAUUUUAUAACUCUUCUAGAGAACAAGGAUUUCAAAGUAAAUCAAGAGUUUCAUGGGCUACUCAAACUAGAGAUGUUUAGGUUCAUCAGUACCACAUUGAAGACUUGCAUGCUUCUACAACAUCCACCGAAACUUUUAACAUUCGAAUUUAUUUACCCUCUUUGUUCACUUCUCUCCCAAACCUCUCUCCAAUUCCAUGCCGUUUCCACACACUCUUAUGACCCUUUUAUCUCUACUCUUCUGUAUGCUCUGAAAUCUUCCUCAUCUGUUUCCAUCUGCAAGAUCAUUCAUGCCCAUGUGAUCAAAUCUCUUGAUUACCGAGAUGGGUUCAUAGGUGAUCAAUUGGUUUCUUGUUACCUCAAAUUGGGUGCUACCCAAGAUGCACAUUUGUUGUUUGAUGAAAUGCCAAACAAAGAUUUUGUCUCAUGGAACUCUUUGGUUUCUGGGUUUUCGAAAAGUGGACAACUUGGUUGCUGCUUGAGUGUGUUUUGCGCGAUGAAAUCUGAUUCAGAAUUGGAUAUGAGACUGAAUGAGCUUACUUUUAUAUCCGUUAUCUCAGCUUGUGUGUUGGCGAAAGCAAAGGAUGAAGGCUAUUAUGUUCAUUGUUGUGUUGUGAAAUUGGGUAUGGUGAUUGAGGUGAAGGUUGUUAAUGCUCUUGUUAAUAUGUAUGGGAAGUUUGGUUUUGUUGAAACUGCUUUCAACUUGUUUUGGGAAAUGCCUGAGAAGAGUAUGGUGUCUUGGAAUUCAAUUGUGGCUGUUUGUGCUCAAAAUGGAAUGGUUAAUGAGGCUUUUAAAUGUUUUGAUUUGAUGAGGGUUAAUGGUUUUUUUCCUGAUGAAGCUACAAUGGUGAGUUUGCUUCAAGCUUGUGAAAAUUUUCUUUUGGGAAGAUUGGUAGAGGCUGUACAUUGUUUAAUCUUUACUUGUGGUCUUGAUGAAAAUGUAACAAUCGUGACUACCCUUUUGAAUUUGUAUUCAAAGUUAGGGAGAUUGAGUGAUUCUCGUAAAGUAUUUGCGGAGGUACGUAAGCCUGAUAAAGUGGCACGGACUGCAAUGCUUGCAGGCUAUGCGAUGCAUGGGCACGGUAAAGAAGCGAUAGAGUUCUUCGAAAGGAUUGUGAGAGAAGAAGGCAUGGUGCCUGAUCAUGUUACUUUUACUCAUUUGUUAAGUGCGUGUAGCCAUUCAGGGCUUGUCGAGGAAGGAAAAUACUACUUCCAAAUCAUGUCUGAUGUUUACAAAGUUCAACCACGAUUGGAUCACUAUUCAUGUAUGGUUGAUCUUCUCGGUCGUUGUGGUCUACUCAAUGAUGCUCAUGAGUUGAUUAAGAACAUGCCGUUCGAGCCGAAUUCUGGAGUCUGGGGUGCCCUUCUUGGUGCUUGUAGGGUUCAUCGAAACAUUGACCUAGGGAAGGAAGCCGCGAAGAAUUUGAUUGCGUUAGAUUCGUCAGACCCUAGAAACUAUAUUAUGCUGUCUAACAUGUAUUCUGCUGCAGGUUUAUGGAGUGAUGCAUCAAAAGUAAGGACUUUAAUGAAAACUAAAGUUCUUACUAGAAAUCCUGGAUGUAGUUUUAUUGAACAUGGGAAUAAAAUCCACCGUUUCGUUGUUGAUGAUUACACUCACCCUGAUUCACAUAAAAUACACAAAAAGUUGGAAGAGAUUAUGCGAAAAAUUCGGGAGGUUGGAUUUGUGCCUGAAACAGAAUCCAUUCUCCAUAAUGUUGGUGAGGAGGUGAAAAUAGAUAUGAUCACCAAACAUAGUGAGAAGAUAGCUCUUGCAUACGGACUUUUGGUCAGUAGAGCAGAUACGCCAUUAGUUAUAAUAAAAAAUCUAAGAAUAUGCCGUGAUUGUCACAACACUGUAAAACUUGUGUCGAUGGUAGAAAAGCGUACUAUCAUUAUCCGAGAUACAAAGCGAUUUCACCUGUUCUCAGAUGGGUUAUGUUCAUGUGGUGAUUAUUGGUAGUGUGCAUCGUUAGAGAAAGAGUUUAGAAGAAAUCUGAAUGUGUUAUUCUGAUACAAGAAUACAUGAAUUACAUCAGGUGAAGUCUUAUUAUAGACUCGGAUGCUUACGCAAUUGGUUAAAAUUAUCCCAACUACCUAAGGAUAAUCAAUAAUUUUGAUCUUGAGCAAGUAUUUGGCAUGCAUGAAGAAGUGUAGAGAGAACCCUUUUUUUCCUAACAAAGAAGAGAUUAAGCUUCAUAUGUUUUGGUUCUGUGGAGCAGAGCCAACAUAGUGACCAAAAAUAUCACAAAAUUCAAUAGGUCUAGCUAUUGAAACAUGGAGUUUAUGAAAGAGAGAUUACACCCGAAAGUGAUUUAACUGCAGAUAGAGUCAAGCUGUGAAGUUCAACCUCAUAUAACACGGACACUUCAAAUUAAAGAUGUGUCCGGUGUCCGAGACCGACACAUGUUGUUGCGUUCAAUCACUUCCUUUUUGUCAAAUUAUUACUGAUGUUAGUGUCAGUAUGGUGUCUGGUACAUUUGUUUGUGCUUCAUAGCUACCAAAGGUUGCUUCUUAGACCACCAAGAUGUUAGUGUCAGUGUGGUGUCUGGUGUCUGUGUCGGUGCUUCAUAGCUACCAAAAAUUGCUUCUUAGACCACCAAGAUAUAAGAUUUGAGCUGAGGAAAAUAAGAACCAUAGGUAAACUGCCUAUCAUGUGGAUUGAUUAUUCAACAAGCAUUACAAAAGGAAUAGGCCUGUAAUGUUAAGGAGCAUACAAAAUUAGCGGGGAUAAAGAACAUAAGUUGAGAAAUGGUACCUUUAAGUGUCUUUUUGGAUGGAGUAGUUUUAGAGAGUAAUGUAUUUUUUGGAAGUAACUAAAAUGAUUCUGGUAAAAAUUCAUUUGUUGGAUAAUAAGUGCAGAGAUUUUUGAAGUUCUAUAAAUUUUAUAAAGAUUUUCACCUGUCAAUGAUUAUCUUGGUGAUUCUAAAAAUCUCUCUGAUUAGUUUACUUGGCUGCUGGAAAUUUGGGGAUUGUUUUGAUUGGACAACUUGCCAGCUUGGUAAGUUGAGUUACUGGACAACAAACUGACAGUAACAGUGUCUGUAUCCUUCCUUAAUAUAUGAAGAGAGUCAUAGUUUCAGUAUGCUAGAACAUGAUUUUUUUAGAAGCAAUUAUUAAUAUUAUAAUGAAAAGUCUAAUUUGAGUAUACAAUAUAUUACGAAAUCUAAUUAUGAUGACCAAUAUGCUUCUGGUACUUCCUCAUGUAUUAGACUCUCUUUCUUUGGGAUCAGAGUAGAAGAAUUUUUUUAUUUCUAAUGAUAUCUGCUCUGAUAUGUAACUGUUCUGUGACAACAUGCACACUUUUCUAUGCAUGUAUGUCUAUUUCCAUCCCUUUCUUAUACCAAAUUGUUUGACACCACAUACAUAUAUGCAAGAGGCAAUUUUGUUCACUAGGAGAAACUCAUUUACUAGUCGGUGAUGCGAUAGAAUAGAGUUAGAAGCGAAAACACGGAACUUAAGGGACUUUAGAGAGAAAAUUAUGGAAUUACUCUGACAUUAUUUGGAAAACGCUAAACUUCCCUUCUCUAGAGUUCUCCUUCCAUCCUCUAUCAUUUGCGAUUGUUUCAAAAUCUGCCCACUUUGUGCAGCUGCGUCUUCUCCACAGCAUAUCAAGUAUGUUUUCUUCUACUUCUAUAUUAUCUGAUUUUUCCCCAUUUGGUUUUAGGCUUUCUAUGUGAGUUUUUCUUCCUGAUAUGAUAUCUGUUCAUUGUUGUUAUCCUCUUAUUUGGGUUGUGCAUUAGUUUAAUUUUGACAAUAAGAGAUUUUGUGGGUUUUGGUCUGUUAGUACCCAAAAGUACCUUCCUUAAAGGACAUAACUCAUUACUACAGGAGAAACGCAUUACAACUCAACCAACAAAAUUGGCUUGCUAAGCUAUUGUGUUAUAUCUAUGAUAUCAUCUACAAAAUGGGUGCAUCCAAUAAAGUAGCUGAUGCUUUAUCUAGGAGGGAAGAAGAUAAGGAUCUCAAGGUCAUUUCUUAACCAUUAUGACAAGAUUUUCCUGCCCUACUGCUGAGGACAGACUAUGUUACAAAUGAAGGUUGGUGCUGCCAUCAAAGUCUGCAUGGGUUCCUAAGCUGCAACAUCCUGCCUCAGCUUGAAUUCAUCCAGUUUUUCACGUGUCUCAAUUGAAGAGGGUUGUGGGUAACCAUCAUCACAUCACACCAGAUUUUCCUUCUGACUUGCAAUCUGACGGGGAUUUUUCUGAAUCCUGAAGCCAUCCUUAGUACAAGACAGACAACAGGUAGAGCGACACCAACACCACAACUUCUUAUACAAUGGCAAGUAAAAUCUGUGGAGGAGACUACUUGGGAGGAUCAAGCCACCAUUCAAUAGAACUUUCCUGACUUCAAUUUUGAGGACAAGGUUGUUAAGGGGUGGAUGGUAUUGUUAGUACCAAAAUAUACCUUCCUUAAAGAACAAAACUUUCACAGUUUAUUACAGAAAAAAAGGGAAAUGUGUGGGUAAUUAAUUCUUCUAGUUUGCUGUUAGUAUUAGUUAGGUUAGUUAGUUAGGAGUUGUUAUUUGUAAUCUGGCCCUAUGAUCUAUAAAUAGGGUCAAACUCCUCCUAUAGGAGUUAGGAUUUUACUUUGUUGAAACAUGUAAACUAGAGAGUGCUCUAGUUGGAGCGGGUUAGAAUUCUGUUGUGUAUCUUAUAUUUUGGUUAUCAAUAAAGCUACAGAGAUGAAUAAACUCCCUUUCCUCUAUUGAUUAGAUUGAGAAACCUAACAGGAUCUUACAGUAUAUAAGAGCAAAUGGGGGCGAUAAUCAAAAUUUUAAUUUCUCUGAA